GGUUCAGUCAACGGCUUUUUACUACGAUUUUACUACAAGCAUGCCACCUGUACUGAAACGUUGCUUCAACAGUCGCAUAUGAAAUCGCACGAAAUUAGCAUUUCGAGCCCGAUUUCCGGUUUUCAAACGCUGACAGUCAAUCGAGGAUUUCCUGCUGCAUUUUUGAAGGUAUUUUGUUUCAAAAUCAUUGCAUAAAUUUGUGUAAAAACGAGGCAUACAUUUCAUCACAAAUUGUAAACUUGGAACGUCGUGUGUACGUUGACAUUUCAUUCAUUGACGGACUGGGGGUCAACCAUUGAAAAACGCAUGCCACUGCAUGUAAAUACCGCUCCAUAAACACAACACAGUGACCAUCCGUAGAGAGCCGAGAUGGAUUAUUUUGACUCAAACCACAUUGACUUAUCAGUUCGCGAUGUCUUCGAAUCUGAAGUCCAAACCGAAAUGGAUCAGAUUUUAAGGUCCGGAACAGCAGGGUACGACCCGCAUUCCGAGACGAUAGAUUUGACGGGUUACAACCCCACUGACAACGGGGACUUGGUGGGAGAUUUCACCGGAGACAACAUGCAAGACAUGAUCUGGCUGCCGACGACGCUCGGUGUAGACGACGGGAUUGGUGGCUCCCUCGGCUCCAACAACACCGCGACUACCACAACCACUACCCUGAACUCAAACAUCGCCUUCUCACAUUUGAGCUCGCCUGAAAAAUUUGCUCUGGACGGUCAAGGUUUGCUUGUCAACCCGCAGACGGGCCAGCCGGUGUCGUCUCUAAAUUUUGUGGUUGAUUUGCAGCAGCAAAACCAGUCGAUUCUGCAACAACAACAGCAACAACAGGCACAACAACAGCAGCAACUCGAGCAGGGACAGUCACUUGGAAAUCUCGCCACACACAAUAUGAACUUCACCAAUGCACAGCAGCAGCAGCGGUUUUUAUCAAUCACGCAGCAGCAGCUGCAGCAGUCUGUGCAGCAGAACCUGCAGCAGUCCAACCAAGUCAGCUUUCAAACUGUAUCCGUCGGAGGACUGCAGCAGCCCAACGGCAGCCAAGGGAACAACGCCAUCUCCAACCAGCAUCAGACAGCGAGCAGCCUACUCGCCAAACAGCACAAGCUUGAGCCGAUAGCAGGCACGGAGCAAAAGAUUUAUCCCAAACCUGCCUAUUCUUACAGUUGUCUGAUCACCAUGGCGAUGAAGAAUAGUAAAACAGGAUGCAUGCCUGUCAGUGAUAUUUACCAGUUCAUGUGUGAGAACUUCCCAUACUUCAAGACGGCACCAGAUGGAUGGAAGAACUCUGUGAGACACAACCUCUCUCUGAACAAGUGCUUCGCCAAGAUUGAAAAGCCUGCAACGGCCAAUGGGUCAAGCCGAAAGGGUUGCCUGUGGGCGUUGAACCCGGAGAAGGCUGCCAAGAUGGCGGAGGAGGUGCACAAGUGGACCAAGAAGGACCCUGCGGGUAUCAGACGAAGCAUGGCUAAACCUGAAGAGCUAGAGAGAAUAGAAGAGCGAGUUAAGGGCAACAAUACGCAGCCGGUCCGAAACAGUGAUCCACCGCCCCCUUCCCCACAAAUCAAGACCAUCGUCAUGAAAGCAGUCAGCACGGCAACCACUACCAUGACGACGCUUCCGACGGUCAACCGUAAAUCUCACGUGAUGGACCCGGUGCAUCCGGUCAGUUUGUUCCACGCUGUGGACAUUUUCAACGGAGACAUCAAUAUUCUUGACCCGUCCCUAGCGUCUCUGGAUGGAGACUUCAGUUUACCGGACCACUUAUUGGACCCCUUCAACUGUGAGCUGAUGAAUCUAGACAUACCAGUCACAAUAUCCCCCCUUCCGACCAACAACCCCCUCUUCAGCGGACUGCUGGACUCCUCCCCCUCUAAAGACGCUCAGUCCCUCACGACGAUGAACGAAAGUCCGACGCAGUAUUCACAGUUCUGCAGUCCGAGUAGAACGCCGGUUACGGCGUUCAUGUGACGAUAGGGAUUCACUCGUAUAGAGCAGUUAGCCUUUUUUAGGGGUCGCCUUGUCAAUGCGUGUUUUGCGGUUGUAGAAAACUUGCAAAGUCUCUAUUCUGUAUAGUGCCCUCUCUUGGUGGUUAUUGUUUAGUGUUUGUUGUGUUACAAAAUGGCUUCUUUUGAGUUCAGUCACAUACACAUAAAGCCAGCUGAGCUCAUUAAAUAAUUGUUUCCUUAUGUUACAACCAGUUGUGGAAACAAAUUAUGCAAUGAACUUUCCUAGCUUUAUUUGUAUGUGACAGAACUCAACAUCAGCCAU